AUGUGGACAAAAUCUCAUCAAUACAUUAUAACACUGAAUAUAUUCGAGAAUGUUGAUAAGCCUAAUCCAUCUGAUGAAGAAUUAAAUACGCAAAGAAAAUGGACACGUGCAUACAUCGUCGUAUUAAUCAUAAUAAUUGCUAGUGUCAUUUAUAUAACUAUGCUGUCUUAUCAAACAGACACAACCUCUGUGGACAAACCAACAUUAGAUGUAUAUGCAAAACUACCAAAGUCAGCUGAUUGUUUUUGCACCAACCUGUCUAUUCCUUAUCACACUUUCAUUAAUUUCAAUCCACAAUUUCAUGAAGUAUGCAAAAGUCAUUUUAUUGAACCAAAUGAUGAAUGGAUGUCAUUACUUUAUGAUUCGUAUCAAGAUCAACGACAUGAUAAACGAAACCUUCGUACAUUUCAAGGUAUGGCAAUAUUUCAUUUUCAGGCAAUACAAGCAAUGUGUAGAAUGGCUAGAAUGGCUGUCAAUAAUGAACUUACUCUCUUUCUGAACUCGACUUUAACCACUGUUGAAAUACUUGAACCCGAUCUAUUUGAAAAGAAAAUAAAUACUACUAUCAACAAUUUUUGCUUCAACACGAUGCACUCAAAUUUUCUUUAUCCAUUACAAUUGAUUCGGAAUAUGUAUUCUGGAAAUGGUUUAAUUUCAGCACUUACAACAAACUGGCAUCCAGUAGUUGCAUAUGAGGCAACCAGUGGAUGGAUCUUAAUGCAAGCUCAAAAAUAUAAUCUGUCAUCAUGUAAUUGUGCGACAAUGCCAGGUUGUGUAGAACCGAUGUCUCUUGAAUUGAACUCAGGAUCCAACUGGACAGUGCCAGGAAUGAUGAUAGGUUGUUUACCUCUUGAAUCAAUGCUUGAAUCAACAUUAGAAUGUAUAUAUGACCAAGAUUGUCUCAAUAUAAUAACUCAAACGUUAUUGGGUGAGUCGAUAAAACCGCUUUUCUCUACUCGAACUCGCUUUAAACCAAUCAAUACGACAAAACUUACAACAAUUGCUAGUGAACUAUUCAUCGAAGAUUGGGGUGCUGAAUUUAUUUAUGAAAAGUAUUUUGCUAGUUGCCAACCUAAAACUUGCUCCGACAGCAACCCAGACAUUAUUGUUACAAACUCUGAUGAUAGCAACGUCAGUGUUUUUCUCAACACAGGUAAUGGCAUGUUUACUGCACAAACAACUUACUCAGUUGGAACCCACCCGCUGAAUGUGGUAGUGGUCGAUGUUAAUAACGAUGGCAAACCUGACAUUAUUGUCGUGAACUAUAAGAGUCACAAUGCCUGCGUUCUCCUCAACACUGGCAAUGGUACGUUUACUGCACAAACAACUUACGCAACUGGCAACAACCCACGAGAUUUGGUCGUGAUUGAUGUUAAUAAUGACGGUAAACUCGACAUUAUUGUCACAAAUGAAUGGAGUAACGAUGUUAGUGUUUUAUUGGCUUGUUAA